UUCACCUUUACUGUGAACGAUGGAGAUUGGUCCGUAUGCAAUAAUUUUUCAAUAAACUGCCCGCUGCGUUGCGGCUCAAAUUCCCUCUCAUUCGUCACUGGUGCGCGCUCAUCUUCUGAUCCGUGUUUUUGUGAACAACUAUGAAGGAGCAAAGUGGUGGGGAUUUGUUGGAGCGUCUGGGAUCGGAUCUCUCCGCCGCUAUUCUCCUGUGCUUAGAUGAUCCCGCCGAUCUCGUCCGCUUGGCCUCUCUCUCUAAAUCAUGGCGCAUAUUUGUGAUUUCAAAUGGCUUUUGCAAAAGGCUAUGCUUAAGAACGAAUCCAGAGAUAUCAUGUUUUGUACGUGCUAUUGAAGUAGGAGGUUUGUCAACUACUGCUGUGAAAAAAGUUGGUUCUAAUUGCUCUGGUCAGUGGCAUACUAUGGAAAGCGAGCACAGAAUUUUUGCUUAUUUUGGUUACCGCAGUGUUUCAUCCAGGUUUUUUACAGAAACUGGCGUGGAAUCAAUUUCUGCUUCCAACACUAAUGCUAUGUUGCCAGGUUAUUUAGGUCCAAACAUGUUCUCUUCUUUCUGGUCCAACAAGAGGAAGUCUACACUAACUUUCAGGUUAAGUUGCAAGCUUUGUGUUAUUCAUGAGAUAAAAAUACAACUACCGCAAGCAGAGUUCUAUUGCCGUGCAUCCAAAUGUCGCUUUAGACUCGGACAUAUGAGGAAUGAGAAUGCAACCCCUGAAGAAUUGUUGGCAGAGGACUUCAUUUGGACUUACGUUUCUCCAGAAUUUUCAAUGGUAGAGAUUGGUGAUUUUCAAUCUCUCAAGCUUCAAAGGCCAGUAGUCUGCAUCGGUGGAGUCCUGCAAUUUGAACUACUAAGUAGGGAUCCUUCAGAUGAGUCGUCCGACAUGAGGACAUUAAUAAUGGCUUCUAGGGUUAAAGCAAUUGUAUGCCCUCUCGCACCAGCAUUCGAAGUGAGCCUUCUCGACAGAAUGGGAGACUCAAUUUUGAUGUACUUUCCUGGUGCUAUACCGUAUCUAGAAGAUUUUUUUGUACAAGAGCCUUCUUUCUCGUCGAGACGUAAAUUUUGGAGAAAAGCAAAAAGGAGAAGAAAGAACUGGUAGGAAUCAUGAUUCUGAGUACAGUCAUUAGAGUCAGUGUCCAUCAUUGGAUGAAGGGGGUUUUAUAAGUUUAGAGAUGAAAUAUGAUAUUUAGAAUUAUCAUGUAUGGUCUGAAUCUUCUAAGAGAUGCUACAUUUCCAGAGGCCUAUACUUUUAAAAAUUCUGGUGCAAUGUAUAUUGUUCAACGGCUAGUUUCUUUAGAUAGUUUGUGUUUGAAAGUGAAAUUGUUGGAAUGUGAUUGUAUAGAAGUUUGCAGGUGAAUUUUAAUGAUGUUUAU